CUUAUGUCUGUCAAUUUAAUUUCUAAAAAUAUGGAGACUUUCGUAAUUACCCUGAUUCUUGCGGGCAUUUCAUACGCUCACCCGCCUCUACAGUUUGAGCCAGUUAAAUGGCGUUCCGAAAAUCUUAGCGUUCUCCCUGUACCAAAUUCCGAAAUUAUUGAGCCCUUAUGCCAACUUAAUGACACCUGGAUCCCAUCCAGUUACCACGUCCAGAUCAGAGUGAUUUUAGACAACGCUAUUUCAGGAGAGCAACCAUUCACGGCGCGCAGCCUUGUCGAAAUAUCCUUCAGGGUGGCACAACCUAUAAACCACAUCACGCUGCAUGCAAAUUUGUUAACGGAGUUAACUUUUACGUUGACAACCGAUGCCGGAGUCGUCAUCCCCCUAGGGCAACCAUAUUUCGAUCCAAACCUCGAAACGCAUUUCCUGCAUAUCCCGCUGCAAAGAGGAAACCUUGAAGUUGGCGUUGUCUAUCGUCUGGAAGCUGCAUCUUUAGCAACAGUGUUUAGAGAUGGCAGAACAAGCGGGUUAUACCUUAGCAGAUAUUUUACAGAAUCAGGGGAGAUAAAGUAA